AAGAAAGCUGGAGUUUUGUGAAAAACCAGAGAAGAGAAAUUAAGAGAAUAGUAGACAAGGCCUUUCCAAUUUGCAUAAUAUUUCCUUCAUGGAUACAUUUUCAUAGCAUUAUUAUGUGAUGUGAGAAGUCUUUUGUGGUGUGUUUUUUUGAAGUAACAUGGAUUUUAUACUACAGAAUCAAGAGAUUGGCUUUAUAGGAAAAAAUUGAUUUAUAAAAAGUGGUACAGGUUUUUAUAGAUAACCAUGACAACAUCCCAUAUGAAUGGGCAUGUUACUGAGGAAUCCGACGGCGAAGUAAAAAAUGUUGAUCUUGCAUCACCAGAGGAACAUCAGAAGCACCGAGAGAUGGCUGUUGACUGCCCUGGAGAUUUGGGCACCAGGAUGAUGCCUGUACGUCGAAGUGCACAGUUGGAGCGUAUUCGGCAACAACAGGAGGACAUGAGGCGUAGGCGAGAGGAAGAAGGGAAAAAACAAGAACUUGACCUUAAUUCUUCCAUGAGACUUAAGAAACUAGCCCAAAUGCCUCCAAAGACUGGAAUAGAUAACCCUAUAUUUGAUACAGAGGAAGGAAUUGUCUUAGAAAGUCCUCAUUAUGCUGUGAAAAUAUUAGAAGUGGAAGACUUAUUUUCUUCACUUAAACAUAUCCAACAUACUUUGGUAGAUUCUCAGAGCCAGGAGGAUAUUUCACUACUUUUACAACUUGUACAAAAUAAAGAUUUCCAGAAUGCAUUUAAAAUACACAACGCUGUCACAGUACACAUGAGCAAGGCCAGUCCUCCGUUUCCUCUUAUCUCCAAUGCACAAGAUCUUGCACAAGAGGUACAAAUUGUUUUGAAGUCAAUCCACCAGAAGGAAGGACAAGAAUUAACUGCUUUGCUGAAUGCUCCACAUGUUCAGGCACUUUUACUGGCCCAUGAUAAGGUUGCUGAGCAGGAAAUGCAGCUAGAGCCCAUUACAGUUGAGAGAGUUUAUGAAAGCGUUGGCCAGUACGGAGGAGAAACUGUAAAAAUAGUUCGUAUAGAAAAGGCUCGAGAUAUUCCAUUGGGUGCUACAGUUCGUAACGAAAUGGAUUCUGUCAUCAUUAGUCGGAUAGUAAAAGGGGGUGCUGCAGAGAAAAGUGGUCUUUUACAUGAAGGAGAUGAAGUUCUGGAGAUUAAUGGCAUUGAAAUUCGGGGAAAAGAUGUAAAUGAGGUUUUUGACUUGUUGUCUGAUAUGCAUGGUACUUUGACAUUUGUUCUGAUCCCCAGUCAACAGAUCAAGCCUCCUCCUGCCAAGGAAACUGUAAUCCAUGUAAAAGCUCAUUUUGACUAUGACCCUUCAGAUGACCCAUAUGUCCCAUGUCGAGAGUUAGGUCUCUCUUUUCAAAAAGGGGACAUACUUCAUGUGAUCAGUCAGGAAGAUCCAAACUGGUGGCAGGCCUACAGGGAUGGGGAUGAAGAUAAUCAACCUCUAGCUGGGCUUGUUCCAGGGAAAAGCUUUCAACAGCAAAGGGAAGCCAUGAAGCAAACCAUAGAGGAAGACAAGGAGCCAGAAAAAUCAGGAAAAUUAUGGUGUGCAAAGAAGAAUAAAAAGAAAAGGAAAAAGGUUUUAUAUAAUGCCAAUAAAAAUGAUGACUAUGACAAUGAAGAAAUCUUAACUUAUGAGGAAAUGUCACUUUAUCAUCAGCCAGCAAAUAGGAAAAGACCUAUCAUUUUGAUUGGUCCACAGAACUGUGGCCAGAAUGAAUUACGUCAGAGGCUCAUGAACAAAGAGAAAGACCGCUUUGCAGCUGCAGUUCCUCAUACAACUCGCAAUAGGCGAGACCACGAAGUAGCUGGUAGAGAUUACCACUUUGUUUCUCGGCAAGCAUUCGAAGCAGACAUAGCAGCUGGAAAGUUCAUUGAGCAUGGUGAAUUUGAGAAAAAUCUGUAUGGAACCAGCAUUGAUUCUGUACGGCAAGUGAUCAACUCUGGGAAAAUAUGUCUUUUAAGUCUUCGUACACAGUCAUUGAAGACUCUCCGGAAUUCAGACUUGAAACCAUAUAUUAUUUUUAUUGCCCCCCCUUCACAAGAAAGACUUCGGGCAUUGUUGGCCAAAGAGGGCAAGAAUCCAAAGCCAGAAGAGUUGAGAGAAAUCAUUGAGAAAACUAGAGAAAUGGAGCAGAACAAUGGUCACUACUUUGACACGGCAAUUGUGAAUUCAGAUCUUGAUAAAGCCUAUCAGGAAUUACUUAGGUUAAUUAACAAACUUGAUACUGAACCUCAGUGGGUGCCGUCCACUUGGCUGAGGUGAAGGAAACAUCCAUCUGUGGCAUGAUUGGACUUGAUCUGGCACUGUCAGUAUGAAGGUAAACCUGAUACUUCAGCAAGACUGUGAGGGUAAGGUGGCACGCAAUGUAGGCCUGUUGCUAGAUCUCAAACUAGUGAGAAGAAAAUCCCCAUAGCUAAUUUGUGCACAGCAGUCUUUAUUCCCUAUGGCUUUUGGUUCUUGCCUCAUUUGGGGAUUCUAAAUGGAAGCUUUCAAAGGUUUUAUCCAUGUAAAAACCUUUCGUUUUCACUUAAAUCUUUUCUGCCUAGGCAUAGUUCCAUUAAAAACGUGUGUGUAUAUACUCAGCAGCCCAUGUCUCACAUAGUUACAAAUAUUAAUGUUAUUUAACAGUUAACUUAAAUGACUUCAUGGGAAUUGGGGGGUGGGUAGGGACUGUGCUUCUGUGUACUGGGCAAAAUUUUAUUUAGGUAACUGAUUUAGUCAUCAGAAAUACUAUCCUUAAAAAUUUUUUGUGCUGAAAGUAUAUACACACCAGAUUUCGAGAACUCACUACAAAAAAUACAUUAAAUAGUUUAGAGUGAUUAAAAUAUUUUUUAAGGUGCCACAUUGGUCUGGAGCUACUCAUAGACUUGAAUUCACUUGUUUUAAUUCUUGAAAAACAUUCCGUUAGAAGCACCAAUUUUUAGCUCAAGCUUUGUGGAUUGGACUUUACUACAGACUCUGAUCUAGUUAAGCGCAUGAUGAUCUUUUUAAAGAUAUGAUUUUUUGAAUUUUCCUUAAGUUGUCACAACUGAUUUGAUAACCUUGCUUCCUUUCUCUGAUCUGCAUAGUACAACAGAAUGUGUAAGUUACAUUUUUAUGAAUGGCAGAUGUUCAUAUAAACUGUGUUGAUUGUUAAAGUUUCUCAUAAUGAAGUUUUUUAUAUACAUGAAAGGACAUAGCACCUUUGACAGUUUUUGCAUUUUUUAUAUAGGAGCACAGUAUAAUUUGAUGACUGUGCUAUAUAUACAGGUAAUAAACUGGAAUUCUGUGAUGAAUAUAGCUGCUGUACUGUAUACUAAUAUUUAAUAGAUUGACAAAUGGUUGUUAACACAACACUUGUUCAGAUUGGACUAAAAUUAUAUCUGAGGGAAAUACUCUGACAAUUGACUUUGAGAUCAGAAGGAAAGAAUGACCUGAAAGUCAUUUGACAUUUUAAGGAAAGGAACAUGGGUGGGGUUGGGGGAAGUUAAACAUAUAUAGAGGCCUUUGUCCUAACAACAUCUGUCUCUUAGGACCAUAAUGCAAUAGCUUGUUAAAUCAUAAAUGUUUAAACUAAGGGGAUUUUCACACUGGCAUGGAAAGUUGAUUUGUAGUCUUUUCAAGCCUUUAGGGAUGGUGUGAUGUGUGACAAACAACCUCAAAUGUGAAUGUCGUUUUAUUUUUGUGAUGACUUUAGCUACAUUUCCUGUUCUCAAAGCUAAACACUGGAAUAAUAUUGAAUUGUCACUUAAUUUAAUGUAAGCAGUUUUUAAUGGGUAGUUUGUGUCAUAUGUAUAUUUGAUUUUUUGUCUACAUUUAUUUGAACAAAUGUACAGUUUAUACGUUGCCUUUUUCUGUUCAAAUUUGCAUGGUGUUGAAGUUGGCUGCAGUGUGUGUCUUAUGUGGAAAUUCAAGAUGUUCAUUAGGAAGAAACAUCCUGGGUUAAGAGAAGGAAUGCCAUAUACACUGUCUCUUCAGGUCUGAAACACUCCAAGUUUAUAGCAGGAAAUGCAAAGCUCACACACUGAUGUUUAGCAUUGGAAACCAAGGAAUAUAAGCACUUCAUCUUCUCAGUCUUGCAGUUUUUCUCCUCGGGAAUGAAAGGCAGUCAGUGGUAGACAGUGGAGUUUUGUGAGGUGCUUAUCAUAACUGACAACUGUUUUUAACCCCAAGAUCUAAAAUGGUGGCAGCUUGAAUUGCAUUAGAAUGAGAUUUCAGGUAGUGUCAGUCAGUGGCUGUUUCAUUCCCCGAGUUAAUCUGCAGACCGUCGAUGCACAUAUGCCAUGUGCUAGCAAGACUCAGAUAUGGCUUUAACAAGCAAAUCCCAAACCAGGGUACAUGCCAUCCCAUAGUAUGCUUUAGGAAGUCUAAAGUGACGAGAUAUUUUGGGGGUCGAUGAAGUCUUACAGUUUUUUCCUCAUCAGCAAUGGUAGAGGUAUAGAAACGCUUCGCCCAGUGAUCUGGAUGUGCUGAUAGUUAACACAGUCCCUAAGCAAAGUGAACACUGAGUUGUUGCUAACUUCCUUGAAAGAAAAUGGAAACGCUUGCUGUACACCUAGCCACUGUGGCCAGUUCCAUUUCCUGUCCCCUGUGGUUCUGAUUGGAGACCCCAGAGUGGGGGAGGUCUUAACCACUUAUAGGAAUGAUACCAAUAGCUAAUAAAAUGCACGUGCUAUUCAAAUAAGGAAAUAUCUCCCUUUAGUAAAUCUUAAGUCAGAACAAACAAAAAGGAGAACAGUAUUUAGACUAAUCCAGAUUUGCUAUCUAUGAAAAUCUAAUGUCUGGAUUUUUUUCCCUUUUCUCAUGGCAUAAGGAAUAAGUAUCAAUAAGGAAUAAUUUGAAUGUAAUUUUAUGAAUGUGUGAAAAUAUGAACCAGGGAUUUAGCCUUAAUAAGGUGACCUUUCUGACAUUGUUAAUCCUCUGUACUCUUGUCCUGUAUCUGCACUCUAUUAUUUUGAGAUGUUAUACUGCACACUGUAUUGUAAAAAUAAAAAGUAAAAUUAUAUUUCAAAUAAAAAAAAAA